UAUUUUUACUUAAAAAAAAAUUUUUUUGACCAUGACAAACCUUCAACAGAUGAAUCCAAAACUGAAUAUUGCGCAACUUUAUCCUACAUGUUUUGUAUAUUUUAUAGACUUAAAGGGUCUGUUUGCAACCUUUGCCAAGAGGGGGCUAACUUUCCAAAGUUAGCUUCCAGCUUUUAGCAAGGAAAUACCAUAUUUUCCGGACCAUAGGGCGCACCGGAUUAUAAGGCGCACUGCCGAUGAGCGGGUCUAUUUUCAUAUAAAAGGUGCACCGGAUUAUAAGGCGCAUUAAAGGGGUCAUAUUAUGAUUUAAUUCUAAAUAUAAAAGACUUCCUUGUGGUCUACAUAACAUGUGAUGGUGGUUCUUUGGUCAAAAUGUUGCAUUGAUGAUGUUUUACACAUCAUCUUCAAGUCGCUUUCUGACAGUUGCUAUCAAAACAUAAUAUUGAAUCAAAAUCAAUGUUAUUAUGAAUUAACGACCUAUCCGAGGUUCCCAUUACUUCACAUCAAAUAUUCCACUAAGAAAAAUAUUUUUGGUGGAAGAUUGUGCAAAUUUGGUAAAUAAAUAACCCAAAAAUGUAUAUUUUGUUGUUUUCUUACUGUACUGAAAAUGAACCGAACCGUGACCUCUAAACUGAGGUACGUACCGAACCAAAAUGUUUGUGUACCGUUAAACCCCUAAUAUUUAUUAUUCCUAUCUAUGGCCCAAUAAGUAAAAUAGAUGAGAGUACCUGCUUUUUUUUUUUUUUUUUUACAUUAUUUUGAAGCAUAGCCUUACCCUUUCGCCUCUUCAUUUCAUCAUCACCUCCUCUUUAAUCUGACAUAGCCGCCAUUAAUCCCCUUCUGCUUUUGCUCUCUUAAUUCUCCUCCUAAAAGUGGAGGAUGAAGUGGUGCUGAUGCAACAUGUCUGACUGAGAUUACGCCGCCUAAUCAGCGUACAGAAAAAAAAAAAAAAAAAAAAAAAAAAAAAAAGAUGUUCCACAAGCGUGAAGCUUUCCGCCGCGACUUUAUGGAGAGAAAUUCCCGUCUCUUUACGCAAUCGAUAGAACUAUUGGAUCAUCUCUUCAUCACCGUGUGGCAUUACCACUGACCAGACAACAUGGAGGCACACUUUAGGAACAUUCCAUCCACUUCAAAGGGGGGGAAAUCUGCCAAAAAGGAGGAAGCAGGGAGGUUAGGUGAUGGGCAACUGCACCAAAUCAUCCAUGAAAGACAAAAUGAGGAAGGACAGAGAGCUGAGACCGGAGGAGAUGGACGAGUUGCGUGAGGCCUUUCUGGAGUUUGACAAGAACAAGAAUGGCUACAUCAGCCACAAAGACCUGGGGGAGUGCAUGAGGACCAUGGGAUACAUGCCCACCGAGAUGGAGCUCAUAGAACUCAGUCAGCAGAUAUGCGGAGGCAAAGUGGACUUUGAAGACUUUGUGGAGCUGAUGGGACCCAAAAUGCUGGCGGAGACCGCAGACAUGAUUGGAGUCAAAGAACUGCGAGAUGCCUUCAAAGAGUUCGACUCCAACGGCGACGGUCAGAUCAGUUUGACGGAGCUGCGUGAGGCCAUGAAGAAGCUGAUGGGGGAGCAGGUGACCAACAGGGAGAUUAACGAGAUCCUCCGAGACGCCGACCUGAACGGAGACGGUCUGGUGAACUUUGAGGAGUUUGUGCGAAUGAUGUCACGCUGACGUGCACCACGGCGGACCUUUUUCUGGGACUCUUUCUUUGACUGCAGAGUUAUAUUUUUGUAGAAAAUAUUUCAAAAUGCAUUAAAAAAAGUGAGUUGUGAAGAGUACGACUGCAUACUGUAGUCCAGGGGGUGUCGACUUCUUGUCAUGUAACAGUCAAUAAUAUUCAUGUUCAUGCCCAAAUGCAAUAUUUAUUACAAUUGUAAAUUGAUUCAUAGUUUUUAAAAAUCGAUUACAAUUUUAUUUUUAUUUUUUUACUUUAAGAAUGGAUUUUUAAAAUAUAUAUUUUAAGGCAUACUUACCAACCCUCCCAAAUGUUCUUCAUAUAAACAGCGUGCCAGACAUGUUAUAACAUCUACGGCUUUUAGAGAGUGCACAACUACACACACAAGGAGACGAAGCAGAAGAACGAAGAAGACGAGUAAGAAGAAGAAGUACACUUGCAAGUUCCAAAAUGAUCGGAAACAAGAAUUUCAGUUCAUCCGGGACAGCUCGAAGGGGAAGGGGUAUGCUGCCUUCCCCCUUUGGAAGAUUCCAGACUCUGGUGCAUUUGAUGAAGGCACUUGUGUGCGUGCCACACAGCAAUGCAUCAUCAGAGAGGGUGUUGAGCAUGGUUAGAAAGAUAGUGACAGGGAAUCGAACGAGGAUGGACAAUUCAACCCUAAACUCACUCCUUUCCUGCAAAUUAAAUUUCUCAGAUGCUGCCCAUACCUAUGCUCCUUCAAAGGCUGUGCUACUGGCUGCAAAGCAUUGCACUUUCAAAUACAACAAUGAGUAGAGGAGUGUUAUGUGUGUAUAUGUGUAAAUAAAUGAACACUGAAAUUCAA